CCUACGCUUAAGAUAAAGCCAUCAAAAUCAUCAACUUCAUUGCCCAAAAUCAAACUGAAAACGUCUUUAGAAACAACAGAGUCAUCAGCAAUUUCCACAGUCAACUCCACGAAACCGAAGCGAACGCCGACUAUCAAAGUGAAACCAGCCAAACUACCAGGUAAUGGGUACGAUUCCGAGGAUCCUGACAAGGAGGAUGAUCCAUUGAUUGAGGAAGCAAUUGUACUACGUUUUUUACCUGACGAAACUCUUGAUACUGUGCGAGCUGCAGUUGAAAGUGCUGAACGUGGUGAUAAAUACAGUUCGGCAGAUGCAAAUGGCAGGAGAAGUACCGAUUUAUCUAGCAUCUCAGUGACAUGGAGUGACAAAAGGCGAGCGAUUGUGAGAAUCAACGAUAUAAUGUAUGCUGCAAAAUUGAUCAAUCUGCCAACAAUUUCUGAAGUUCAUAAAACUAUCGACAGAAAGAAUAUUUUUAAAACCGUCGAUGUAUCUCAAAUGCUACUUGUUGUCAAAAGAAUCUACAGCGAAAGAGAGAUAUUGGAUCUGAAGAUUGAUAAGGAGUAUGGCGAAACUUAUCCGGACGGGCUAACACCUCCCAUGGAAUUUGUUAAACAAAGAUUCGACAAAAAGUAUGAGGCUAAUGUUAUACAGAAUGUUGAAGAUGAGGUUGCUAGAUUACUCAAAUUAGAUUCUGAAGCAGAUAGUUCUGUUUUUGAAUUCAUUGACGCAGAAGAAGGGGAAAUUGUACCUAUGAGUGUCAUUGAAGGCAAGAUCAAAAACAAACGUGCUAAAAAGGAGAAGAAGAGACUAAAGAAAGAACAUAUUGAUAAUGAAUUAGAUAGGCUAAUGAAAGAAGAUUUGGAUGACGACGAUGAUGAUGAUGACGACGAUGACGAAGAAGACGAUGACGAUGACGAUGAAGAAGAAGAAGAGGAAGGAGAGGUAGAAGCAGACGGAGCGGAUGGUGAUUCUGAAAGCGAAGAGGAGGACGAUGAUGACGACGACGACGACGAUGAUGACGAUGAUGACGACGAUAUUCCUGUUGGCGGAACUGUCAGAACUGGAGACAAUGAAGUCGAUGAAUUUACACAACACAAUGCACUUUUAGCUGAGGAGAUAAUCGAAUUAGAGUCCACAAUUGAUCAGAAGCAAAAAGAUCUUAAAAAGGCAAUAAACCCUAUUAUGAAGAACAGGAUUCUUGACGUUAUUAGUAGGCUACAACAGGAACUCACGAUUAAGAAGUCUCAAGCUGCUGCAGAAGAAGAGAAGAGUAAAAUGUAUUCAGCAGAGGGUGCUGGUGCAGAAGAAGGUGAUCGUGUUGAAGAUGUGGAGGAUGAAGAAGACGAAGAAGACGAAGAAGAAGCAGAUGAAGAAGACGAGGUGGAAGCGGGCGAUGAG